GCUUCCCAAAGCAGCCCAGCCUGGAAUGUGUGCAGAGCGGAGCCUGAGUGGGCGAGGGGAGGACGUGCGUAUCCUGCCUCCCUUUAUCCUCUAUUAACCCCCUUUCCUUUUAUAUCUGCCUCCCCUCCCUGCUUCCCCUUAGUUCCCCUGGAUGAUGAUAAUGAUGAUGACGGGCAAACAGGGAUCCUGGCUCUAUGUCAUAGCGGGGCUCAUAGUCCUCCUUGCGCUGCCCCAGUUCUCCCAUUCGUGCCCGAGUCGCUGCCUGUGUUUCCGCACCACUGUGCGCUGUAUGCACCUCAUGCUGGAGACUGUGCCCUCCGUGCCGCCCCAGACCACCAUCCUGGACCUUCGGUUCAACAGAAUUAAGGAUAUCCAAACAGGAGCAUUUAAACACUUAAAGAACCUUAACACAUUGCUUCUAAACAACAACCAAAUUAAAAGAAUACCAAGUGAAGCAUUCAAAGACCUAGAAAACCUUAAAUAUCUCUAUUUGUACAAGAAUGAGAUCCAAUCCAUUGACAGGCAAGCAUUUAAUGGACUUGCCUCUCUAGAACAACUCUAUUUACACUUUAACUUAAUUGAGACCUUAGAACCAGAAUCAUUUCAUCAUCUUCCCAAGCUGGAAAGACUAUUUCUGCAUAAUAAUCGAAUCACUCACUUGGUGCCUGGCACGUUUAGUCAGCUGGAAUCUAUGAAAAGGCUGCGAUUGGAUUCAAACGCUCUUCACUGUGACUGUGAGAUCCUGUGGUUGGCAGAUCUACUGAAAAUCUAUUCCGAAUCUGGUAAUGCACAAGCUGCUGCCACGUGCGAAUAUCCACGCAGACUUCAGGGGAGAUCCGUAUCCACCAUCACACCAAGUGAACUGAAUUGUGAGAGGCCAAGGAUUACAUCAGAGCCACAAGAUGUGGAUGUUACCUUUGGGAACACUGUGUAUUUCACAUGCCGAGCUGAAGGCAAUCCCAAACCAGAAAUCAUCUGGCUUCGAAAUAACAAUGAACUGAGCAUGAAGGAUGACUCUAGGUUGAAUCUCCUGAAUGAUGGAACAUUGAUGAUCCAGAACACCAAGGAGACUGAUCAGGGAAUUUAUCAGUGUAUGGCAAAAAAUGUAGCUGGGGAAGUAAAAACACAUGAAGUAACCCUCAGAUACUAUGGAACUCCAGCCACACCCACUUUUGUAAUUCAGCCCCAAAACACAGAAGUGCUUGUUGGUGAAAGUGUAACAUUAGAAUGCAGUGCCACAGGACAACCACACCCACGGGUUACAUGGACUAGAGGGGACCGAACCCCACUGCCAAGCGACCCUCGCAUAAACAUUACUCCAUCUGGAGGACUUUAUAUUCAGAAUGUUAAUCAGGAUGAUGCCGGAGAAUAUACAUGUUUUGCAACAAACUCUGUGGACACGAUUCACUCUACUGCCUAUAUUAUAGUCCAAGCUGUGCCACAGUUUACAGUUGUGCCACAAGACCGGAAUGUUUUUGAAGGACACACAGUUGAUUUUCACUGUGAAGCUCAAGGUAAUCCAAAGCCAGUGAUCGCCUGGACUAAGGGAGGAAACCAGCUCUCUGUGGAUAGAAGGCAUCAAGUUUUAUCUAGUGGGACACUGCGAAUUCUCCGGGUUGCUUUACAUGACCAAGGCCAGUAUGAAUGCCAAGCAGUAAAUAUAGUCGGUUCUAAAAGCACUUCGGCCCAACUCAUUGUACAGACCAGAGUUACUCCUGUGUUUGCCACUGUGCCAAAUGACAUGACUGUAGAAGUUGGCAGUGAUGUUCAGGUUCCCUGUAGUUCUCAGGGUGACCCACUACCUGUAAUAACCUGGAACAAGGAUGGAAUCCAAGUAACGGAAAGUGGGAAGUUCCACAUUAGUCCACAUGGAUUUUUAGCUAUAAGAGACGUUGGCCCUGCAGACCAAGGACGUUAUGAAUGUGUAGCACGAAAUCCAAUUGGCUACUCCUCCGUCAGCAUGGUGCUAAGUGUAUUAGUACCUGAAGUGAGCCGCACUGGAGACCCAUUUGUGGCAACUUCAAUUAUUGAAGCUAUUGCAACUGUAGACAGAGCUAUAAACUCAACAAGGACCCAUCUGUUUGACAGUCGCCCACGUUCUCCUGGGGACCUACUAGCUCUGUUCCGAUACCCCAGAGAUCCCUACACGGUGGAACAAGCUAGAGCUGCAGAGAUAUUUGAAAGGACACUACAGAUUAUACAAGACCAUGUACAGAACGGACUGAUGGUUGACCUUAAUGGAACAAGUUAUCACUAUAAUGAUCUUGUCUCUCCUCAUUACCUUAAUCUGAUAGCCAACCUAUCUGGAUGUGCAACACACAGAAAAAUCAAUAAUUGCUCAAAUAUGUGCUUUCACCAGAAAUACAGAACCCAUGAUGGUACUUGCAAUAACCUACAGCAUCCUAUGUGGGGAGCAUCACUGACCGCUUUUGAACGUUUGUUAAAGUCUGUUUAUGAAAAUGGAUUUAAUCUGCCAAGAGGAAUAUCUGGAAGAAUUUAUAAUGGCUUCCCACUUCCUUUGCCUCGUUUAGUUUCAACAACAUUGAUAGGAACCCAUACAAUUACGCCCGAUGAACAAUUCACUCAUAUGCUGAUGCAAUGGGGACAAUUUCUUGAUCAUGAUCUUGACUCUACUGUAGUUGCUUUAAGUCAGGCUCGGUUUUCUGAUGGUCAGGAUUGCAGUGUUGUCUGUACAAAUGAUGCUCCCUGCUUUCCCAUUAUGGUUCCACCUAACGACCCUCGGGUUCGAAAUAAUGCGCGCUGUAUGUCCAUGGUUCGUUCAAGCCCUGUAUGCGGAAGUGGCAUGACUUCACUUUUAAUGAACUCUGUUUAUCCCAGAGAGCAAAUGAACCAGCUGACUUCUUAUAUCGAUGCAUCCAACGUCUAUGGAAGUUCUGACCAUGAAUCCAGUGAAGUCAGGGAUUCAGCAAGCCACCGUGGCCUCUUAAAACAGGGUAUUGUUCAAAGAUCUGGAAAACCCCUCUUACCUUUUGCAACUGGACCUCCAACUGAAUGUAUGAGGGAUGAAAACGAGAGCCCAAUACCAUGCUUCUUAGCUGGAGACCAUCGAGCUAAUGAGCAGUUGGGACUCACAAGCAUGCACACUUUGUGGUUUCGAGAACAUAAUAGAAUCGCAACAGAACUUCUGAGAUUGAACCCGCAUUGGGACGGAGAUACAAUUUAUCAUGAAACCCGUAAGAUAGUUGGGGCGGAAAUGCAGCACAUAACGUAUGCUCAUUGGUUACCUAAAAUAUUUGGAGAUGUAGGCAUGAAGAUGCUUGGAGAGUACAAAAGUUAUGAUCCCAAUGUAAAUGCUGGAGUGCUGAAUGAAUUUGCAACUGCUGCAUUUCGAUUUGGCCAUACGCUUAUAAAUCCUAUUCUCUACCGACUGGAUGAAAACUUUGAACCUAUUCCACAAGGUCAUGUUCCUCUCCACAGGGCAUUCUUCUCUCCAUUUAGAAUUGUAAAUGAAGGUGGUAUAGAUCCACUUCUUAGAGGACUUAUUGGGGUUGCAGCAAAAAUGCGUGUCACAUCACAACUACUAAACACAGAACUUACAGAGAAACUUUUCUCAAUGGCCCAUGCUGUGGCCUUGGAUCUGGCAGCAUUGAAUGUCCAGAGGGGUCGUGACCAUGGGAUACCUCCUUACCAUGAUUUUAGAGUCUUCUGUAAUCUCUCUACAGUGCAGACAUUUGAGGAUCUUAGAAAUGAAAUCAAGAAUCCAGAUGUCAGAGAGAAGCUUAAAAGGUUAUAUGGGUCACCAUUGAACAUUGAUUUGUUCCCUGCCUUGAUGGUUGAAGACAUCAUACCAGGAAGUCGGCUGGGGCCAACACUAAUGUGUCUUUUAACAACACAGUUCAGAAAUGUCAGGGAUGGGGACAGGUUUUGGUAUGAGAAUCCUGGUGUGUUCACUGCAGCACAGCUGACACAAAUCAAACAGACCUCCCUGGCCAGAAUUCUAUGCAACAAUGGAGACAAUAUCACUAAAGUACAACAUGAUGUGUUCAGAGUAGCUGAAUUCCCGCACGGUUAUGUCAGCUGUAAAAAUAUUCCCAAGAUGGACCUAAGGGUUUGGCAAGAUUGCUGUGAAGAUUGUAGAACCAGGGGGCAGUUUAGUACAUUCUCAAAUCACUUCAGAGGGAAACGAUCUACAGAGCACAGUUAUAAGGACGAAAAUAACGAAGAAUCUAGCUUGUCAAAUUCGCUUGUAAAUACUACUUCCAACACUGAACAGCCAAAGAAUCUGCCACACGUGAAUGACUUCAAAGAGUUUGUUUUGGAUAUGCAAAAGACUAUAACAAGUCUUAGAAAACAGAUAAAAAAACUUGAAUCUCGCUUGAGCAAUACGGACUGCACUGAUGAAACUGGGGAAUCCCACUCUACAAAGGAGAAAUGGAAUAAAGACGCAUGUACAAAAUGUGAAUGCAAUAAUGGACACACCACCUGCUUUGUGGAAUCCUGUCCACCCAUCGAUUGCCUGUGGCCCCUAAAGAUGGAAGGGGUUUGCUGUCCUGUCUGCACAGAUGCCAAGAUACAAAGCACAUAAUUAGCAGAAAUACAGUUUUCAUAAUCACUGACUGCGGCAUUUGCUUCACGGAAGAUUCCAGAAAACCUCUAUAUAGCCUUACAAAACCCAAGGACAGCCAUUGUAUAAGAUUACUUACAUUUUUAUUUAGUACACGGGAACACAAUUCAGCCUCUCUCUCAAAGGGAACCGCGUUAGACAGGAUAUUGAAAUUUAUGUCUGCCGAUUAUUUUUUUUUUAAUGUAUUGUUUAUGUUUUAAAUGCCUCUCAGGUUAGGAAAGUAAAUGGUGCUAAUGACAAAUUUUAAGUAUUAUAAAGAAAUAAAGGAUAAACUCAUUACAUUCAAAUUAGGAGAUAUUUUAAAAAUGUUGGCAAAAAUUGUGUUUAUACCAUAUUGGCACGGUGUACAAGAUUGAUGUGUUUCAGUCUCCCUUGAUUAUAGCUCAGGCCCAAGUCUGACAUCAGCAUUAAAUAUCACUUUACCUCUGUUUUUUUAACACGAUAACGGUUUUUGUUUCCCACUCAAAAUAAAACUACAAAAGAACUCCAGAUACCUGUACUCUGGCACUAUUCCUACAAAAAAAAAGGAAUAACCUUUGUGACUUGACUACUUCGUCUUCAUUUUCUUUACACUUUUUUAUUAUUUUUGUGUUAGAUCAUAUCUCUUUGAGAAGUAUAUUUUAGCGAGCAAAUUUUUUUUUUUUUGUCUAUUUUAUAGUAAACAGCCUAAUGCCUUCAUGAAUACACAACAUGUUAUUAAAGCUGCCAUGCAAUCCUUUCCUUAACGUGUUUUGAUAUUUUCCUAUGGAUUGUAAAUUGGACUUCAUCAUGCAUUCAGUUGCAGGUACCCUAACUUUGUUACCCGAGGAGACAUAGUGAAGGACAACAAUCAUACCUCAUUAGCCACAAACCUUAAAGUGCUCAUUUAGAGGAGUGAAGAAAAACCAUCUGAUGUGCCAUACAAGCAUUUUUUUAAAGUGAAUCGUCCCAUAUCACACGAAAAACAUGAAUGCACUGUUGUUUACAGACUUGUUCUUGUCUUACUAUAUAGAACAAGUGACAUCUUCUGCAUUGCUUUGCUUAAAGGAACAGUAACACCAAAAAAUGAAAGUGUUUUGAAAUAAGGAAAAUAUAAUGUAGUGUUGCCCUGCACUGGUAAAACUGUGUUUGCUUCAGAAACACUACUAUUGUUUAUAUAAACAAGCUGCUGAGUAGCAAUGGUGGAAAUUGAAAAAAGGCUAUAUGGCACAGGAUAAAUAAUUUGCUAACCGAUGUUAUGUUCUACAGAGCUUAUCAGCUGUGUAACCCAUUUGAAUAGUAGCCCCCAUGGCUACACAGCAGCUUAUUUAUAUAAACAAUAUUAAUGUUUCUGAAGCAAACACAGCAGUUUUACCAGUACAAGGAAACACUGCAUUAUAUUUUUAUUACUUUAAAACAAUUAAAUUUUUUGAUGUUACUGGUAUUUAAAAACAGGCAAGAGGUCUGUCAGAUACCAUAGGGACUGGUCUGUAUUGUUAGCAUGGAAUGCAUUGUAAUUACUCCCAGAUUUAGCCGUUGUCUUGUGGAAAGGAAAUGCACACAGGCUGCGAAAGGACUGCUAACUUGCGACUGACCUUCUGUACAAUGGAUGCUUCAUCUCUCUCCUAAUAUAUAGUAAGUAAACAGAUCACACCAAUUCUCUCUGUAAGCUUGGGUGCCAAAUAUGUUGGUUGAGCAGACAUCAACCCAAUUGGGGAGCAUUUAUUUUAGUUUAUAGUUUAUCCUUCUUAGAAUGCUGUCUUGUCCCAUAGGGUUAAUACGAUUUUCCUUGACAUGCACACUUCAUUGCAUUAUGGCAAAAUCCUGUUGGGUAGGCUUGGGUAUUUCCUUAGGACAAUGUACAGACACAUACGGUAUAUUCUUUCUGUGUGUGUUUGUGGAUCACUGUGCUGUUGCUUUCCAGACGGACCAUGGGAGCAGUAGUUGACCAAAGACUUCAAGCCAACGUGGCCAAAUCUUUUUAUAUCACCACUGUACCUUAAUUUUUCCUUAGUUGUAUUUUGAAGUUGUAGUUCUUAGGGGGUUAUUUAUCAAGAUCCGAAGUUAUCCGAAGUUCUAGAAAUCUGAGCAUCUGCCGCAUUUUAUGAAGAAAAAAUCCCCAAAAAAAUAGGGUCUGGCAAUCUUUGAAACUUUCUCCGAAAACUCCAAAUUUUCAGAGUUUUCCGCAAAAACAACGUUUUUUUCGUAGUUUUUUGCACAGAAACCCCAAAAUCAUCAAAUAUUGGUAUGGACAUCAGCACAGACACUGGGACCUUCCCUGUUGACUUAUACAGGACCUCAAAAGCUUUUAGAUGCCAGGGUUUUGGAUACUGAGUUUUUAGACUGUCGGACUUGAAUAAAUCUUGAAAAAUUUGUAGUUUAUUUUUUAUUUUUUUUGCUCUGAAAAAUAACGAUCUAUUCCAGGUUCAAAAAUUCGGACCUUGAUAAAUAACCCCCUUUAUGUGUUAAAGGGGUUGUUCACCUUUAAAUUAACUUUUGAAAGCUGGUAAGAUUUUGAAAAAGAAGGCAAACAAUUCAAACCUAUAAAAAAUAAAGACCGAUUGAAAAGUUGCUUGGAAUUAGCCAUUCUUUAACAGACUAAGUUUACUUAAAUGGAUGUCCGAUUUCAAAAUUGAAUAUAACAAAAUCUGUUUGCUCUUUUGAAAAAUAGAUUUCAGUGCAGAAUUCUGCUGGACUAUUAACUUAUGUGUUUUGAAAAAAACAUGUUUUCACCAUGACAGUAUCCUUUUAAAGGCCAACUUAGUCUUUGCUAAGUUAGCCAGCCACAGUGAUCCUUCAUCAGUUCCACAAACAAGCUCUUAGAUCCUCUAACAAGAGGCUAGAAAGCGACUUGACUGGCCAAACAAAGCUGUGAAUGCCAAAUAGCAGGGACAUUUAUUUUCAUCUACAGUAUAUAUAGAGAGAUACUAUUAAACUUCACUAGUACAAAUAUUUUUCGGUGCAGUGGUUCUCUAAUUAUGAUUUAGUCCUUUCUUUUAUACCCUGUAUGGAUGUAUUGCCACUGAUUACAUUAUAAAUGGAAAUAAUUCUUGACACAUAUUCUCUGUGCUCAGUCAUGAUCCAGAGAGACGUUGGGACCUUUCAAACAAAGACUGGCAGAGACUGUGUGGCACAGAUAAAUGCUUGUAUAAACAACUGACUCAUUUCCCCAGCUCAUGUUUUUCUUUCUACAGCAGUCAGUAAUGUUCUUUUUCCACACCGAGGUCCUUCCUUUUUCCAGUGCUGCGAACUUUGCAUAUUUAUUGUCAGAACUUUCUUACCAAAAAUGAGUGCCUUCGUCUUUUGUAUUGUAAACAGGAAUAUUACCAAAGAAUUGUUUGCACUGUGUAAUGAAUGCUUCAGAAAUGAAUGAAUCUUGAAUAAAUAGGCUUACCUUUCAA